AUGGUCAACCCGAGCUUCAGGAUGCCCGAUCUCCCAAAGUAUGACGGAACCAGAGACCUACAGGAACACCUGGCUGCUUUUGAUAUGGUAAUGAACCUUUACGGGAAAGCUCAGGAAUGGUUCACGAGUUUGCAUCCUGGGAGUAUAGAAUCGCACAAGCAACUUGUGCAGAAUUUCACAUUUCAUUUCGCGAGUAAGAGGAAGCAAAAGCGAUCCGCGACACAUCUCUUCACUAUACGACAGAGAGAGAAUGAAUCAUUGAAGAGUUUUAUGGGGCGCUUCAACAAUGAGACGUUAGAGGUACAAGACCUCCGUAUCGACAUGAUGAUCAGCAUUCUUAUUCAUGGAUUGAAAAAAGGAGUCUUCGCAUCCGCUUUAGCUCGAGACCCUCCAAUAGACGUGGAGCAGCUCAUGGCGAUGGCACAAAAGUACAUCGAUGAAGAAGAAAUGAACGCCAUGAAAGAUGAAGAGUGGAGGUAUAACACGGAUCGAGGUCGAGAUCAGGAUCAAAAGGGUAGAGAAAAGGAACCACGAGCAAGAAUCGAGAGAACUCGAGAACCCCUAUAUCAACCCAAGUACAGCCAAUACACACUGUUGAGCAUGACCAGAGCAAGAGCGCUAAUGAUGGUGGAGAAAGACGAUGUACUGCAGUGGCCCAAGCACACAAGGCUCACACCAGCGAAGAAACACUCAAAUAAAUAUUGUCGUUUCCAUCGGGAGAAGGGGCAUGACACGGAAGAGUGCUAUCAGCUCAAAGAUGAGAUCGAACGUCUGGUGCGACAGGGUUACUUUAGAGGUAAGUUGCAGCAUUUAGACAUGAAAGAUGGUCGUCGUAGCCGAUCGAGAUAG